AAAUUAUUCGUUUCAACUUACUUUUUUGACAAUACACAUAACUAAAAGAAGAAAUUGUUUAAGUGAACGGUGCACAAGCCGUCGAAAUUCAGCAUAUAAAUUUAAAUAGUCAAUUUUUCAUUGUUGAUAAUGGAUGAUCGAAGUGAUAUAGCUCAAGAUGGUCCCGCUGGCAUGGACCCUGAGGGUGUCAUCGAAUCGACCUGGCACGAGGUCUAUGACAAUUUCGAUGACAUGAAUUUGCGCGAGGAGCUGCUGCGCGGCAUCUAUGGUUAUGGUUUUGAGAAGCCAUCGGCCAUUCAACAACGCGCCAUCAUUCCCUGCGUUAAGGGUCGCGAUGUCAUUGCCCAGGCGCAAUCGGGUACUGGCAAAACUGCCACCUUCUCGAUUGCCAUUCUGCAGCAAAUCGACACGACAAGUCGCGAAUGUCAGGCUCUGAUUUUGGCACCAACUCGUGAAUUGGCCACCCAAAUCCAACGUGUGGUCAUGGCUCUUGGUGAGUACAUGAAGGUGCAUUCGCAUGCCUGCAUCGGUGGCACCAAUGUCCGUGAGGAUGCCCGCAUUCUGGAAUCCGGCUGCCAUGUGGUUGUUGGUACCCCUGGUCGUGUCUAUGACAUGAUCAAUCGUAAGGUGCUCCGCACUCAGUCUAUUAAACUGUUCGUUCUGGAUGAGGCUGAUGAGAUGUUGUCGCGCGGUUUCAAGGAUCAAAUCCAGGAUGUGUUCAAGAUGCUGCCACCAGAUGUGCAGGUCAUUCUGUUGUCUGCCACCAUGCCACAUGAUGUGCUUGAAGUCAGCCGUUGCUUCAUGCGUGAACCAGUCAGCAUUCUGGUCAAGAAGGAGGAAUUGACCCUUGAGGGUAUCAAGCAGUUCUAUGUGAAUGUUAAGCAGGAGAACUGGAAAUUGGGUACAUUGUGCGAUCUGUACGAUACCCUGUCCAUUACCCAAUCGGUCAUCUUCUGUAAUACCAGACGCAAGGUCGAUCAAUUGACCCAGGAGAUGUCUAACCACAACUUUACCGUCUCGGCCAUGCAUGGUGAUAUGGAGCAACGUGAUCGUGAAGUCAUCAUGAAACAAUUCCGUUCGGGCUCUUCCCGUGUUCUGAUUACAACUGAUUUACUGGCGCGUGGUAUUGAUGUCCAGCAGGUGUCAUUGGUUAUUAACUAUGAUCUGCCCUCGAACCGCGAGAACUAUAUCCAUAGAAUCGGUCGCGGUGGUCGUUUCGGUCGCAAGGGUGUUGCGAUCAACUUCAUCACAGAUGAAGAUCGACGAAUCCUUAAGGAUAUUGAACAAUUCUAUCACACAACAAUUGAGGAAAUGCCUGCUAAUAUUGCCGAUUUGAUUUAAAUAUUUUGUUCAGCCGUAAAAAAAGAAGUAAACUUGAAACAACCAUAAAGAGAAAUUCAUAACAAAAGAUAAAGAGUUAGAGAGAAGUAGCGAACCGGAGAUAAUACGAGCGCAAAAUAUUUACAAAAGAAAAAUAAUUAAACAAACAAAUAAAAAUCAAUUGAAAAUAUUUAUUAAAACAUCAUCAAUAUCGACAAGAAAAAAAGGAAUCGGCAGUAGAAGAGAAGAGGAAGAAACAGGAGUAGCAGCAGAAGCAGCAAGCAAUAACACCAGCAACAACAGAGAAGGGAGUCCAGCCAACAACAACAUCAAGAUCUAUCAACAACAAGAACAACACAUGUGCAUAUGCCCCUUGUCGUUGUGCAGCUUGCCCCGCCGCCCGCCUGUAUGUGUAACAUCAAUUUGAAAACUGCGUCGUCAAACCAGCAACCAACAACAACUUUUUUGCAACUAUCUAAAGGGAAAGGAAAAAGAAACAAUUUUGAUAAACCGCUAGGGCAACAACAAGAAGAACGCAUCAGCAUCUAGAACAACAACAACAUUCAUUUUCGUUUGCCCCCCAGCAGCAAGCAGCAACAAAAACAGCAGCAACAUUGUUUUAGCUUUUUCUAGAACUAUUGAUAAAAAUAUAAAAAUACAAAAAAAAUA